UGCAUAUCCAUACACUAUUCUGAAAUGUGUUUAUUUGUAUUCAAUUCAAACACCUUCGGAUUUAUUGUCUCUCUUUAAAACCAUGUCGUUGUUAAUAUGAUUAAAUUGAACAAAUGAUACAUAUGAUCAUUCAAACUUAUACCAGUGAAUUUAUUGUCUAAGGCGAUCUAAGUAAUACGACAAUGAUUUACAUUAUCAACACGUUUUGCAAAAAACAAUUUGUGUUAUCUAAUUUGUGUUAAUAUAAUAAUAUAAGUAUUAAUACAAAAACACAUAUCGACAUGUUUCUAAUUGUAGAAUUUUCAACGGAUAUUUUCCAGUAUGUCAACCGUUAACUAGGUCAUAUGUAUGUAUGUAUUAAAACAUAUUCGUGAAAGUUGACUUAGAUCACUGGUUUUCCAAACAUAAAUACCAUUUAAAUUCGAAAUUAACAUUCUUAUUAUUAUUGAGUUCCAAACAUUUCCUUUAAAAUGCCAAUGGAAGUGCGUCAAUAUUAUUGGAAACAAAUGGAUAUUAAUUUCGUUUAAACCACAGCUAAUCUGGAAAAUUCAAAAUGGCGUCUAUACAACUAACUUCGUCGACAGAUCAGGAUGUCCAUGCUACUAAUCACAACGAGGACACGGCGUUGAAUGAGUCAAAUGCUUCAGAAACUCUGAUUGACAGAAACACACCACGUGGACAGAACCCGAUUGUUCAAGAAUCACAGAAUGAAAGACAGACUGAUCAUACAAGAUUGUCGUGGCUGAAGUGCAGUGGCAAGAAGAAAUUGGUUAUUGGCAUUAUUUCGCUGCUAUUUGUUGUAAUUGUCGGACUGGCCAUUUGGUUGGCAUUCUGCAAACAGUCUAACAAAGAAGAAUAUGAACUCCAAGCAGCUCUGAAACUUGAAGCGGAACAGUUUAAGAAGGUAGAUGAGCAAAUAGACCCCGAUGGUAUAUGUUUCCCUACUCGGUGUGACGAAUUGGUACUGGAUAUCCCUGGUACUAGUCAAUGGUUGGAGGAAUUUUACUGCCGGUCACCAAACGCAACAAAAGUAUCAGAAAUUCGUUGCAAUGGAACGAAUCUGUCGGCCGAAUAUCUUCGGCAAAACAUAAACACACAUAUUUACUGCAAAGACGAAAGCGCAUCGAAUUUUAUCACAUGCUGCAAAAUCAUGCUGGUCAGCAGUUACCCAGAGUGUAGCGACGCAGGAAAUCUCGUGUGCAGAAAUGGCACAAGCGUCCCAGUGUGUAACUGUACGACGGGACGGAAGGGAACCCAGUGCGAGCAACCACAUACAGAAAAGGUGCAAUGCAAAUGCAUCGCCGGCAACGAGAAAUUUGUGGGAGAAAACGCAAUGGAUAACUGCUCAAACAUGUAUCGCCCAGAAUAUUGGACAAAGUGCUUCCAUAAUUUUAACAAUGGCACCAAAUGCACAUGUUUUCGUUUUUCUCCCGUUACUGUCGUGUAAAUCAAAAGAACUACAUGCUUCGUCUCUUCGACAUUGGUGAACAAACGGAUAAUCCAUAAUGAAGAAUAACAUUAAAAUUGAACUCGGCGCAUAUGAAUUGAUGACAUGUUGUAGACGAAUGUCUUGACAUUGUGGGUAUGCGUCAAGACGUUUGAAGCCAAUAACAUUAAAAUGAUCUAAAAUAUAGAAAUACAAAUGAAAAACAAUGGUGAUAAAAUAUCAUAAAAUAAUAUUUUUUUAUUUUGGUGCAUGAUGGUAAUGUAUACUCGUUUUCAUUUAAAAUACAUGUUUGUUUCCGAUGUGAUGCGCUUUUUAUGACGACAAACAGAAAUCAACAACUUUUGUCUAGUUAUAUAUGCACUUAAUGUGAGAUCAAUCGGCAUUUCAUUUAACAAUGUUGCUAUAUAAUCAUACAAAACAGCCUUCAUCUUUAUGUUAUGCAUGUUUUUUAAGUCUCUAUAACGCUCAAAAUCAACGAAAAGUUCGUAAAGUAUUUCGUAAAAAUAAAUUUAACAACUAAACAAUCAUUGUUCCUUAUAGCAAAAGCCACCAAUUUCAACGCUAGAUGUGGUAUGAUAACAUAUAUUUUUGUAGAUACAAAAUGCUCGUUUUUAUUUAUUUGUGACACAUUUAAUUCCAUUUAAUUUCCCUCGAAUAUAUCUAUUCAUAUGACACACGAACACCAUGUUAGUGUUCAUGUGUCGUAUGAAUAGAUAUCGUUGCGGAAAAUUAAAAAGGAAUUUAAUAUGCGAAACAAUAAUAAUCAAAGUACUGAGAGUACUGGUGUGACGAUGCUUUUGAAGAGGAUUAAUAUAAAAGCAUCUAUUUAAGUUUAUCUACAUCCCCACAUGUGUAUGUGCGUACGAAAAUUUUGAGUAGGAAAAAAAAUGGGUACGAACAUUUUGGGUACAAAAAUUAUGACAAAAGAUUUGGUUACGAAAAAGAAUUUGAGUAGGAAACAAAAUUGGGUACGAAAAAAAAUUGGGUACGAGCAAAAAUUUGGGUACGAAAAAAAUUGGGUACGAAAAAAAAUUGGGUACGAAAAAUUUAGGGUACGAAACAAUUUGGGGGUACGGGGAAGUAGUACCCGUGGGGAACUUGAUCCAUUCAGCAAAACUGGGAGGCGAGUUACAUUCUCGAUCAAAUAUAACAAGAAAUAACUUUAAAAAGAUGUUCGACGUGUAUUUUCUGUACCACUUAUCUUAAAAAAAGUUCUGUUACAGUAAAACGUUUGUGGGUUAUAACAUUACGUGCCAGCAUAUAAAUUCAAAACUUGACAUGCUCUUUAAUUACACUAUGAUCUUUAAUUUCACAUGUAUAUCACACCAAACUUUAUACUUCGUUGUUUCCUUUCCUAAGUUAAUGAUGCUAUGUGUACGGACUUGAUUUCACAUGCCCAUGUGCAUGAACAUAUAAUUUUUCUCUUUUGAAUAUUGUUUUAUUUCUCUAAUUCAAUAAGCUUAGGCAUGUUUGUUCGUUAAGUAAGGCAAUAAUUUCUUGAUGAUUCCCGAGAGAAGAUAUGAGCACAUAGUCGCAAGAGCACUUGAAUACGUGAGUUCGCCCAUGAACACAUGGUAAGGUUAACUAAAUGUCCGCGAUAUGACUUAAUAUGUGUUUAAAACAGCAAACAAUAUCCAACAAACGAAUGAAUUAUCAAACAUGGUAUGUGCUCUGAUGUGGCUCUGUAAUUUCUGUUUGAAAAAUUUAUUAAAUAUGCAAAAUGAGAAAGCACGCAUAAGAGCGAGCUUCACAGAUAUCAUACGGAUAUUAUGCUAUUUAUAUACUAUAGUCGCAACAACGUUUAAAAAUGGCAGGUUCGAAAUAAUUCGAUUUCUUUACACUCAUGAUCGCGUUGAAAGUUAAUUAUACACGUUUUAAUUCGCAAUUUAUUUACUGAAUCACGACAAAUGUCAAAUACAAUACAGAAAAUGCAUAGUUAUUUCAUUGAUCUAAAACAUAUAAUGGAUUGAAUAUAACUGAUUUAAAAUUAACGUUUUUAAACUAUUAUUAAAUCUUUUUCCCAGAAUAUGCUGUCCUAUUUAUAGCUGAGCUUCCUAUACCUUUAUCAAUGAUAAUCAGCGAGGUAUGCCGAUUAGAAAAAUCGAGCUAUCUCAAUCGGACUUGCUCGGUCUUUUACAUAGAUCGCCAUUGUGAAGAAUUUUUUCAUGGUAUGAUAACUUAGACGAGCUGCUUCGCAGCAUCGUCAAAAACGAGCAUUUUGUAUCUACAAACAUCUAUUUUACCAGACCACAUAUUGCGUUGAAAUUUCGGCAAUUGCCAUAAGGAACCUUGAUUUUUAAUUGGGUAAGUUUAUUUUACGAAAAAUUGUACGAAAUUUUCUAAAAUUUUGAGUAGUAAUGUGACUUUAAAGUUUUACACAAGAUCAUAGCUAAGAAGGUGUAGUGCUACGAACAAACCUUAAAAGAGGAUCAACCAAAUUUUUACGGUUUAUGCAUAUUGAAUACUGCAUAAUGUUCACGUUUCUCAACUAUAUCAUCACAGUCGUCCAAAAAAAUGGACUGUAUGUAAACGAUGAUAUUUUACUGACCAUAGUUAUCAGAAAACGUGUGAUAAUGAAAACAUUUACCCUACAAUUUCAUGAGAUUUUUGCGUUAAAUAACAAUCCCGGGUUUCCCGUUCUACGAAAAACCCACAUGCCAAGUAAUAUGCCGUUUAAAGUAAACACACACCAUGUUAGAUGCUCGACACCAUUAGCGACUGGACAUAAGCCAGGCGCCUUGUCGAUAAGCACAUGUCAUUGGUGGUAAAUAUAUUUAAUUUUUUGGUGAAUAUACCUAGGUAUUUUCAAAGAAGGUUUUCAGAACAUCAUCGUGUGAGUUUAUUUCCCGAGCAAUCAAGCAAAUUACGAGUAUUUUGUAUAGUGAUAGUAUUAAUAUGUCCAAAUGUUUGAAUAGAUGUAAUGCUUUACAUAUUGUUAGUCAGUUGAUUACAUUGUCAUUGAACUUG